AUGACGACCAGUGAUGGCGUCACACUUCGUCAUCCUUCAAUACCAAUAGGUGAUGUUCAUUCACGAUUAGAUAUUGAUACAAUAUCAAUUCUUAGUUCACAAUCGGAUAGUGUUCAACAUUUAUCAUCAUAUAUUGAAUCUGAUGAUGAAGGAAAAGGUUUAGUUGGAAGUAAUUCAACACGUUUACAUGACGCUAUAACUCAAUCAUCAUCAUUAACAUCAACAACAUGUCAACAUCAACCAGCAGCAUUUAAAAAAGAUUGGGCUAUGUAUUUAACAAAACAAAAUAAUGGUAAUCAUAAUAAACAUCGUUAUAAUAAUAAAAAUAAUAAUAAUCAAAGUUCAAGUGAUGCAAGUGAAAGUGAUAAUAAUGAAUCAUCAUCAAGUGUAUCGAAUAAUGGUGAUGAUGAUGAUGAUAAUGAAAGUGAACAAGAUAUUGUUGAUGAUCCAUGGACUAUAAAUAAUGUACAACGAGAAUAUUAUACAAAACAAUUUAAAGAUAUACAACCAGACAUAACAAAAGUUAUUAGUGGUAAUAUAGCAAAAGAAUUUUUUGAACGUUCACGUUUACCAACAAGUGAAUUAUCACAAAUAUGGAAUUUAUCUGAUGUUAAUCAUGAUGGUGCAUUAUCACUUGCUGAAUUUUGCACAGCUAUGCAUCUUGUUGUUUUACGUGUUAAUGGUUUUGAAUUACCCGAUGAACUUCCAUUACAAUUACAACCGUAUACACCACUUAUUGAUUUAUCAGAUCCAACAACAAUAUUAUCACAUACAAGUGAACAAACAGAAAAUUGGGCUAAUUUUAAAGAUACAAACAGUGAUUUAACAAAUCAUACAACAACAAAUAUUGAUGAUAAUACGAAUUCACCUAAACAAUUUAUGUAUGGACCACCACUAAAUGACGAUCAUCGUAUUGUAGCACCAGUACCUCUUCGUCUUUCAUCAACACCACCACCAUUACCACCGCCGAUUGUUGUUCCAACAACAAAACCGCCACCACCACCACCACCACGUGCACCUGGCCGUACAGCAUCUGUUGAUAUACCUCAUCAACCAAUAUUACCUCCACGUACAAAUAUUAAUGACACACCUCAACGUAAUAUAAUACAAACAACAACAAAUAAUAAUAAUAAUAAUUCAUCAACAACAACAACACCAUAUCUUUAUAAUCGUACACGUCCAUCAAUAACAUCAACACCACAACAAUCGGAUGCAAAUGUUUUAUUUGGACAAAUACGAGAUUUACUUCAGCCUGAUCAUUUACAAGAAUUAGCAUCAAUUAUAUCGACACCAUCAACAACAACAAUUGAAAAUCUUCAUACAGCAUUAAAUCAAACAAAAACUCGAAAUUCAGUACUUAAAGCACAACUUAAACAUUGGGAAGAUCAACUAACAGAUUUAAUUGAUAAACGUAUAUCAUUAGAACUUCAAUAUAAAUUACAACAACAACAGCCGUAA